AGAGAGAUCGCCGGCGACAACGCCGCCGCCGCCGCCGACGACGAGGAGGCCGCCAUGAGAAGGAUGCGCUUCUUUGCUCUCAGCUCGAGUGCUCGCUGGCUCACCGAAGAAGUCGCACGUGUCCUUCGGGAUAAGGUUCAGGGUGGAAUUUGCAAAAGUGAACCACACCGCUUCUUCUCCAUAGUAGAGAGGGCUCUUGCGGCGGCGGCGAUGGCGGCGACGGCGAGCACGUCCGGCGAGUGGCUGAAGGGCGCGCUGCAGGAGCUGCGGGAGCGGAUGGGUGGCGCGCUGGAGCUCGACGCGGACCUCAUCUCGGGCCUCGUCUCCUUCUGCGAGCUCGCGCCUCCGCCCGACGCCGCUGACUACCUCGCGAAUAUUAUUGGAGUAGAAGCUGCUCAGGACCUUAUUCAGGAGUACUUGCAGAGGAGGGGUUACAUUGAUCCAUUGAAGGGCAAUGAAAACCUACAAUCAUCAAAUCUUCAGCCUUAUGUGAAGCCUUCUGCUGAAGCUGGGCCUACCCAAACCAAGAAGCAGACACGCACACAAAAAGAUGCAGCAGCAUCUUCUUCUGGCCAGAGUUCCAAGAAUCAACCAGAGACUACUGAACCCCGAGUUGCCUCCAAGAGAGGUUCAAAAAAGAAAGCAGUAAAGGCCAUCUCCCUUGCUGAGGCAGCGAAGGGUUCUAUUGUCUUCAAGCAGGGGAAACCUUGUUCAUGCCAAGCACGCCAGCACAACCUUGUCAGCAACUGCUUAUCAUGUGGCAAAAUUGUGUGUGAACAAGAGGGUGAGGGACCAUGCAGUUUCUGUGGUGCACUUGUUCUAAUGGAAGGAAGCACAUAUGCUGGUUUAAGUGAUGUUGAAAUUCCUCUUUCGGAAGCAGAAGCUGAAGCUGAAGCAUAUGCAAAGAGGCUUGUUGACUAUGACAGAAACUCUGCAGCAAGGACUAAAGUUUAUGAUGAUCAAAGUGACUACUUUGAAAUGGAAGGAAAUAGUUGGCUUUCUUCAAAGGAAAAGUCAGACCUAAAGAAGCAGCACGGGGAAGCUCAGGAAGCAGCUGAAAAGGAUAAAGGGAAAGUGGUCGUCACAUUUGAUUUGGUGGGCCGCAAGGUAAUUUUGAACAAGGAUGGAGCCACCGUGUUGGAAUCCGAGCACCGGAUCUUGGGACCACCUGAAGAGAAGGAUCAGAUCCACCGCAUACAAGCCAACCCCACAAUCAGAGAGCAGCCCGUGUUCAUCGAAACAGGGCCAGUGAAGCCAAAAACUGACAGAGCUCGACAGAGCAAGAGACUCACCAAGAAUGGCCUGUGCCUGGAGGUAACUGGGAGGCUGCAGCACGAUGACAAGGACCCCCAGAGCUUCCUGGGUGGCAAGAUGAAGAAGGGUGAUCAUCUGGCGUACAGUUCUUUCGGCCAACCCCGUGAAGGGGACGACUUCGACUGCUCCCAAGAUUUUGAUUGAGCCUAAUUUGCUUGUGGAUGGUGAUGGUCGAUGGGUGCCUUCCAUUGUAGGUAUGUCAUCCCCGAUUUUGGUUCAUACUGGUUGUUGAGUUCUCAGCUUUUACCCAGAGGAGGCAAAAUACAGACCAGGCUGUAGAAAUGCUAUCAUACACAUGAACACAUCCAUAUAUACCCAUCUCCUUUUUUGUAAGGAUACCUUGGAACCUAUUGAAAAUGUGAGAAUGGCACAUUUGGUUA